GCGAUUACGCUCAGCGUGUAAGUUUUAUUUGCAAGCAUUAAGUGAUGUAGAAGAUGCUGAUGAUGCUGAGGUCACAAUUUGGGAAGAAGGAAGAUAUGAAUGUUUCGAAAAAUUAUCAAAAUGGGACGACUUGGCCGAAACUGUGUACGUGGAUAUUGAUUCAGAUUUAGAUAAGCUUUGGGAUCAAGACUUUCAGUUUGUUAAGUUAACGUAUGGACAAAAUGAUAAAAGUUAUUGUGGCAUCUUUUUUAAUUUCAUUGAUCGCUCUUUGUCUGAUCCGGAUCGCAAAUCUUUCUUAACUGCUCAAUACCUGAUUGAACAAUCGCUUUUUUAUAUUAGGAAAGCGUAUGAUAAUUUCUUGUUUAUGCAGUCUACUUUGCAUCCUUUAGCAUCUAGCACGAGAUUGAGUAAACUGAUUCCUCUGCAACAGAUUGUUGAAAUUGGAGAAUAUUUGAAUUUGUCCCAGUCAUCUGAGGAAUCAGAAAAAUGGGAAAAACUGAUUAGUCACUGGAAAAACAGGUAUCCAUCAAAGCGGCUUGAUCCUAGCAAUAGUUGGGAUGAUAUAAUAACAAGUCGUCACUCGCUACUUGGUGCUAUGAUGAAAUCACUACAAGAAGAUAUGACGCUCGCAUGUAUUUGUUCUCUCGUUGAGAUUAAAAAUUCACCGGAACGUGAUGGUUUACUUAAAAUGGCUUCUACAGCAAGAGUUCAAGGUAAUUUUGAAGUUGCCCGGGUCUGUCUCAACAAAACAAGGCAAUCUAAGCUUUAUGAUAAUAAUGAAAUGGCUUAUUAUCAAUUGAAACUUAAUCUUCACGAAGCUUUGACCGUUAACAUUGAAAAAAAAUUAAGUAUCUUGGUGGCGAUGACUGAUGAAUUUAAGAAAGUAGAGAAAGCGAAACGUAUGCAACGUUAUAAUCUUUUAAAAGAUGCUGCCGAGGAAGCUAUUUCACAUCUGAAAGUUUCUUUUGAUAGUAGAUUGUACGCAUCUACAGUCGUUAAAUAUGUUUUAAAAGCAACUGAAGAUUGUUCAAAGGAAGCAUCCGAAUUAUUUCCAAGAUUGCUUCAGAUAAUUUGUAUCUAUGAUAAUACACAAUCGAUUUUUAAGCAAAUGGGUAUUUAUUUUGUUACUGAAGAAAAAUGGAUUCUUGGGCAAACAAACCCAUUGCACAAUGCGUUAUUCCAAUAUAAGUACAAUCUCGCGGAGCAAUAUCAAAAAGGCCUAUAUUACCCAUUAAAAAUUAGCAGUGAACAUUACAAUUUUGAUGAAAAAUCUAAAAAGUCGGAAAUUAACAAGUCAAGAACAGUUUGGUCUUUAAUCAGGUCAAAGACUACAGAAAUUGACGGAUAUGAAGAAAUUAAAAAAUCAUUUCAAAAAAUGAGGACUUUUCUCUUGGAUAUUCAGAACCCUCAUUAUGGGCU